CCCCGCCGCCCGACCCCCGGCCCACCGAGCAGGGGCGCCGGCCGCCUCUAGCCCGCGCGCCCGGGAUACCCCGCUGGUCCCGCGCGCCUCUCCCGGCGCUGCGGGCUCACAGACCUCUGUCCUCUCCCCGGUCUGUCUUCUCUCUAUAUCCGCCUUUUAUUGAUUUUCCCUCUUGCCGUAUCUUUCUCCAAUUCUUCAUCUCUUUUCCUCCUCCCCCCUAGUUCUCUUUCCACCUUUCUCUAUUCCUACCCUGGAUCUCCCUCUCCCCCGUUUCUCCUCAACACCUUCUUCUCGGUGCUUCUCUGGCUCGCCUCCGUCACAGCAGCCCUCUCUGGGCCUGUGGGUCGUUCUGUGACCCUGUGCCUCAGUGUCCUUCUCACCUCCCUUUGACCCGACGCCCCCUCCCGGCUCGGGGCCCGGCCCUAGGGAAGAGAAGGAUGGUUCCAGAGGUGAGGCUCCUCUCCUCCUUGCUGGGACUCGCGCUGCUCUGGUUCCCCUUGGACUCCCACGCUCGAGCCCGCCCAGACAUGUUCUGCCUUUUCCAUGGGAAGAGAUAUUCCCCCGGUGAGAGCUGGCACCCCUACUUGGAGCCACAGGGCUUAAUGUACUGCCUCCGCUGUACCUGCUCUGAGAGUGCCCACGUGAAUUGUUACCGCCUCCACUGCCCACCUGUCCACUGCCCCCAGCCUGUGACUGAACCGCAGCAAUGCUGUCCCAGGUGUGUGGAACCUCACACUCCCUCUGGGCUCCGGGCACCCCCAAAGUCCUGCCAGUACAACGGGACCGUGUACCAACAUGGAGAGAUCUUCAGUGCCCGUGAGCUGUUCCCCUCUCGCCUGCCCAACCAGUGUGUCCUGUGCAGCUGUGCAGAGGGACAGAUCUACUGCGGCCUCAUGACCUGCCCCGAACCUGGCUGUCCCACACCUCUCCCGCUGCCUGACUCCUGCUGCCAGGCCUGCACCGAUGUGUCAAGUGAGCAGCCAGCUGAAGAGGAUACCACGCAGUCACAGGAUGAGGUGACACAACCUCAGGAUCCAUGUUCAGGUGACAGCGGGAGAAAGAGAGGCCUGGGCACCCCAGCCCCCACCGUCCUCAGCUCCCCUCUGGGCUUCAUCCCUCGCCACUUCCGACCUAAAGGGGCAGGCAGCACCACUGUCAAGAUUGUCCUGAAGGAGAAACACAAGAAAGCCUGUGUACAUGGUGGGAAGACAUACUCCCACGGGGAGGUGUGGCACCCGGCCUUCCGCUCCUUCGGACCCCUGCCCUGCAUCCUGUGUACCUGUCAGGAUGGCCGCCAGGACUGCCAGCGCGUGACCUGCCCCACCGAGUACCCCUGCCAUCACCCCGAGAAAGUGGCCGGAAAGUGCUGCAAGAUCUGCCCAGAGGACAAGGCAGACCCUGGUCACAGUGAGAUCAGUGCCACCAGGUGUCCGAAGGCACCCGGCCGGGUUCUCGUCCACACAUCGGUGUCCCCAAGCCCAGACAACCUGCACAGCUUUGCCCUUGAGCGUGAGGCCUCUGACCAGGUGGAGAUCUACCUCUGGAAGCUGGUAAAAGAUGAGGAAACUGAGGCUCAGAGAGGUGAAGUACCUGGCCCAAGGCCACACAGCCAGAAUCUUCCACUUGAUUCAGAUCAAGAAAGUCAGGAAGCAAGACUUCCAGAAAGAGGCACAGAACUUCCGGCUGCUCACCGGCACCCAUGAAGGUCACUGGAAUGUCUUCCUAGCCCAGACCCCGGAGCUGAAGGUCACGGCUAGUCCAGAUAAAGAGACCAAGACCUUAUAACAGAGACCUAAACAGCUGCAUAUAAGAGCU